AUGGAAGCAUCACAUUUUCUACAAAGCAGGAGCUUCGUAACAACCACACUGGCUCAACCAAGGCAUGUACAUGAACACAAGCUACGGCGUUGUUCGAUUGUCGCUGUGCUUACAACGCCGGCGGAGAACAUGAACAUAGCAACAGACGCAAGACCGGCAGAUGCUGCUGUAGAAGGGAAGAGAGUUUACAAAGAUAACUGGUUCGACCGAAUGGCCAUUAAUCAUCUGUCUCAGAAUGUCCAGGCUGCAACAGGGUUGAGAAACAAUAGGAGCGGUUAUGAAAGUUUGGUGGAGGCAGCAACAGUUGCAUCCAGGAAGUUUAAUCCAGCAAAACAGAGAGAACUAGUUCUUCAAGCUCUUGAUACUGCCUUCCCAAAGCCAGUAUUUUCCUUGCUUAGAACAAUCCUACCUGAAUCAAAAUUUGCCAGGGAAUACUUCGCAGUCUUCACCACCAUCUUCUUUGCCUGGUUGGUGGGACCCUGUGAGGUAAAGCAAUCGGAGCUCAAUGGAAGAAAAGAGAAAAAUGUAGUGUACAUCAAGAAGUGCAGGUUUUUAGAGGAAACCAAUUGUGUAGGGAUGUGCCUUAAUAUGUGCAAGGUGCCAUCUCAAAGCUUCAUCAAGACUUCCCUUGGAAUUCCUGUCAACAUGGUUCCAAAUUUUGAUGAUAUGAGCUGUGAGAUGAUAUUUGGUCAGGAUCCUCCAGACAUAUCCAACGAUCCAGCACUCAAGCAACCAUGCUACAAACUAUGUAAUACUUCAAAUAUUGAUCACUUUACUCGGUUGUAUUACCUACGCACCCUAAUAUCCAACAUCAUAUAUCUCAUGCAUAACUGA